AAAAAAUAGCAAGUCGAACCAUCCAAAAUUGGGGACCACCUGUAUAUAAAUUAUAUAUGUAAACAAAGCUCAGUUAAGUAAAAUAUCCAUCCCACUCACUUUCCCCUCAACAGUAUCAGCGACUCCACCCCAGAAGCGUACACUUGUGGACAGUUGGUACAGUAUGAAUGUGGGUUCAGUCCUAUUGUGCGUCUCACUCCGCUGCAGUGUUUUUGUGUAAGAAAUUACCUUUGCUUUCUCCUUUCCUUCUCCCAGGUGGUCAUGACUGGGGGAUCCCCCUGCAUCUGGUGCUCCCCACUCUCUGAGCCUUGCUGAGGGGAGGUGUGGUUGCCGGCACCAGGCAUGCGGCUGUCUGUGCGGCGGGGGGUCACGGGCCUGCUCUGCUUGCUGGUGACCUGCAUCCUUCUGCGCCUGGUACAGCAAGCGCUUCGGUGCCCGGGACGGCGGCCGGUUCCCCCUGUGCCCCUGGUUUUGGUGCGGGAUCGGCGGCGCACAGAGUAUCGCUAUGGGCGCGAUGCCCCUCUCGUGUUCGUGGGUGGAGUUCCCCGCUCAGGCACCACGCUGAUGCGCGCCAUGCUGGAUGCCCACCCAGAUAUUCGGUGUGGUGAAGAGACACGUGUCAUCCCCCGGUUGUUGGCCCUGCGCCAGGCGUGGGCUCGACCCGGACAGGAGCGCCAGAGGCUGGAGGAGGCGGGCAUCGACCAAGACGUGUUGGAUUCCGCCGUGGCUGCGUUCUUGUUGGAGGUCAUUGCCCGGCACGGGGAGCCAGCCCCUAUGCUGUGCAACAAGGACCCGUUCACGCUCAAGAGUGCCGUCUACCUGUCGCACCUCUUCCCCAACUCCAAGUUCCUGCUCAUGAUCCGGGACGGUCGGGCAGCAGUGCACUCCAUGAUCUCGCGCCGCGUGACCAUCGCGGGAUUUGACCUGUCCAGCUACAGGGACUGCCUGACGAAAUGGAGCCGGGCCGUGGAGGCCAUGCUGGCACAGUGCUCGCAGGUGGGCGCGAGGCGCUGUCUCACCGUGCGCUACGAGAGCCUGGUGCUGCAGCCCCGCACCACCCUGCAGGGAGUGCUGCGCUUCCUGGGUGUGCCUUGGCACGAGGGGGUACUGCACCACGAGGAUGCCAUUGGCCAGCCGGGAGGAGUCUCCCUGUCACGGAUCGAGCGCUCCACUGACCAAGUCAUCAAGCCGGUGAACAUGGAAGCCCUGACCCGUUGGGUGGGUCACAUCCCAGCGGACGUGUUGGCUGACAUGGCAGAAAUCGCCCCUAUGCUGAGCCGGCUGGGCUACAACCCCAAUGCCAAUCCACCCGCUUAUGGGCAGCCGGACCCUGUGGUGGUCAACAACACCGAGAGGGUGCUGAGGGGAGACUUUAAAACUCCAGCCAGUUUGAAAGGGCAGCCAUGGGUUUACCUCAACGGCUCCAACACGGAGAGGUGAGAAGGCUGCCUUCACCACACGCCUCCAGCUUGGGCCAAAACCACCUCGCAGCACGGAUCGUCCCAUGAAAGGCAUCAACUUGAGGCUUUCUCCGUGUUCUCACGAACUGGCAGCAGACACCUGGCAUCAGUGACGGGAGAGUUUCACUGACUGUCCCUUUUCUUUGUAUUUUUGAAUUGUAGAUACAGCUUUGUUGAAAACCAGCUCUUAAGUUCUCAAGAUUGAUUCUUGUUUUGCAUCAUACUCUGCUGAUGAGACUUUGGUAACCAUACUCUGGAAUUUUAAUUUUUAUU